GUGUUGUGAUUUGUGGUACCUACACCUAUUUAGUAUUUAGUGUUUACUCUCGACUACCUAUUAUAGUAUUUAGUUCAUUGUUGGUUUGUACGUAAUGAUUGUCUAUAAUACCUGUUAUGAUAUAGACAUUUAUAGUUGAAACAUUAAUUAUUUCCAUAAAUCUAUUUAAUUUAAUUUAAAGAACAUAAUUUAGUUCUACCGUUGUAGUAUAAGAUGGGUGCAUUUACUAGUCGACAAAAUACUAGAGUAGAAGAAGUGGACAACAACUCAAAUAAUGCUUAUAAAUAUCCACCCAAAUCUGGAAAUUAUUUCAGCACUCAUUUUAUCAUGGGUGGUGAAAAAUUUGACACACCACAACCAGAAGCAUAUUUAUUUGGAGAAAAUAUGGAUUUAAAUUUUUUUAGUAAAUGCCCUACUACAUUUCCAUAUCCACCCCCUGAGGUUGGGGAACCUACUAAACCGUUAAAAAGUUUGGUAAAUAUUAGAAAAGAAUCAUUGCGUUUUAUACGUACUGAAGAAGGUAAAACUAUAUUCAAUAUAGAAUUUACUUUUGAUUGCGAUUCACCAUGUUCAAUAACAAUAUAUUAUUUCUGCACUGAAGAUUUUACACCAAGUGGGGUUUCUUUUAACUGUCGUGAUCCAUCAAUGACAUCUGAAGUUUAUCAUUAUAAACGAGGUUCAAAUCAACAAUUUAUUCAACCAUUACAUAUGUUUGAUCCUAGUAUAUACAGUACUGAGGACUUAACCUAUGCAUUUAACAAAGAAGUUAUUCCAAUCGCUAUACAUUGUGUAGCUCAUGAUACUUCUGAAGAAACACGACAGUCGCAUACCACAAUUGCAGUUGUUGAACAAUAUUCUGAUGGAUCCUACAUCUUAAAAGCUUUAAAACAAAAAUUAUUUGUGGAUGGAUUAUGUUACUUACUGCAAGAAAUAUAUGGUAUUGAAAAUAAAACACCUGACCUUAAAGAUUCUGGAGAUGAAGAUUUAGAAGAUGGUAGUUCAGAAUGCGUAAUUUGUAUGAGUGAUAUGCGUGACACAUUAAUAUUACCAUGUCGUCAUUUGUGUUUGUGUCAAUCAUGUGCAGACUCUCUACGAUAUCAAGCUAAUAAUUGUCCAAUAUGCCGAGUUCCAUUCCGUGCUCUUUUACAAAUCAAAGCUUUACAAAAAACAUUGGACAAUAAUCAUAGAAUUGAUUUACGCACUCCAUAUGGCUAUGAAACUGUUCCUUUAAUUGAAGCUCUGAAUGGUCCAAAUUUUCGACGAUACAGUAAUGCCACCAAAGUUCCAAGUGAUCCUUUACUAGAAUCUUCACCUGAUAGUCAAUGUGCUGGACUCACUAUGUCUAAAAUGAGUUUAGACAGGCUUUCUAGAAAGAAAUCUUGCAGUCUAGAUUCACAUGGUGAAUCAUUAAGCCUUAGUGAUAACUCUUUAAGUUCUAAUGCAGCUGCAUCUAACAGUGAUAAAUCAUCUAAAGGUUCAAACAAGGAUGAAAUUAAACCUAAAAUUCCAAUUAAGUGUAAAGACAAAGUGAGGGUAAUUAAUGAAAAAGCAAAUCCUGAAGAAGAGACUCAAGAUGAAGAUAGUGAAGCAGAAAAAAUGUCUCCAUUAUUGGACUCUGAGAAAAAUAUUGAAAAGAAAAUUGAACAUUCCCCCCAACCAGCUAUAGUUGAAAAAAAAGAAAUUAAUGUUAUACUAAAUCAUGGGGCGGAAGAUGCUGAGUGUUAUGGUGAAUGUGCCGCAAGAAUGCUUGUUACACAUCAAAAUGAAAAGCCUCAACUAUCAAUAUCUCAAGAAAGAGUAUCACUGCCUGGUACUCCAAUGAGUACUGUAAGCCAACGUUCAAGUGGUGAAAGUUAUACUUCUGUUGGUUCUUCUCGUUUGUUAUUAGCUGCUUAUGAAAAAACUACACCGGUAUAAAUUUAAAAAAAUGAAGUUAAUUUGGUGAAUUUAAUUAUUUUUAUAAUUUAUUUAUUACUUUAUUAUUAUUUGUAUAAUAUUUUUUUCCUCAUCAUUUAUAUCCUCUAACAUUAUUAUAAUUAACUGUGUAUAGA